AUGGGCAUCGGCUGCAAAUACAGGUUAUCAUUAGUAGAAAGGUUUGACUGCGCAAUAAAUGUAAAGUGCUGGAAUCAUCCUGAAACCAUGCCCCCACCCCAGUCCGUGGAAAAAUUGUCUGCCAUGAAGCCAGUCCCCAGUGCCAAAAAGGAUGGGAACUGCAGCUAUAUCGUAGCAGCAGAGUGUGUGGACAUAGAAACCAGUGCUCCCAGCAAGAAGCCAUGGUGGACCGUGCCCGAAAACUUUCGUGCUCCAAUGGUAUUUUACUUGGAAGAGGACCAGGAGGAGCUUAUCUUUGGGCAGAGUGAUACAUACCUUCGCUGCAUCGAGGUGCACAGCUAUACCCUCAUUCAGCCGGAGAGUUGGUUUACAGCCACAGGCCAGACUCGUGUCAUUCUAGUUGGACCAUUCAGCGCAACACAGUGGCUGUUGCACAUGAUGUUCCGUGUGAUAAGCCAGGACUCCUAUCGUCACGCCUGGGGCCUCAAGAUGCUGGAGCGUGUCCGGAGCCAGCCCCUGACCGAGGAUGACCUGGAGACCCCAUGA